UGCCUUGUGUCCUCGCCCUUUACACGUACAGAUCUCUUAAUUAAGUUUGGUGUAUGAUGGCUUCUCGCGGGUACUGCUUUGUGGCGUGCGUCGUGGCGCUGGCGCUGGCUUUGUUGGCCACGGCGAGCAAUGGCCAGCCGCUGGACGCUUGUUUCUAUGACAAGGUGUGCCCAGCGGCGCUCCCGGCCAUUAAGACGGUCGUGGAGCAGGCCGUCGCGGUGGAGCCGCGCAUGGGCGCCUCGCUCCUGCGUCUGCACUUCCACGACUGCUUCGUCAACGGGUGUGACGGGUCCAUCCUGCUGGACGACACGCCCUCCUUCACCGGCGAGAAGAACGCCGCGCCUAACGCCAACUCCGUGCGCGGCUUCGACGUGAUCGACCGCAUCAAGGACGCCGUCGACGCCGCGUGCAGGGGAAACGUGGUGUCCUGCGCCGACAUCCUGGCCGCCGCAGCACGUGACUCCAUCGUCGCGCUGGGAGGGCCGUCAUACGCGGUGCCGCUGGGCCGGAGGGACAGCCGGACGGCGAGCCAGGCAGCUGCGAACAACAGCAUCCCGGCGCCGACCUUGGACCUGGGAGGGCUCGUCUCAAACUUCGCCUCGCACGGGCUCUCCGUGCAGGACCUCGUGGUGCUCUCGGGGGGACACACGCUGGGCUUCUCCCGGUGCACAAACUUCCGGGACCGCCUCUACAACGAGACGGCCACACUGGACGCCUCCCUGGCCGCGUCGCUCAGGGCGGUCUGCCCGCGGCCGGCCGGGGACGGAGACGACAACCUCGCGCCGCUCGACCCGACGCCCGCGCGGUUCGACGGCGCGUACUACGGCUCGUUGCUGCGCAGCAAGGCACUGCUGCACUCGGACCAGCAGUUGUUAGCCGCCGGUGCCACGGAGGGGCUCGUGAGGUUCUACGGCGCUAACCCCGAGGCGUUCAGGAGGGACUUCGCCGAGGCCAUGGUCAGGAUGAGCAGCCUCGCCCCGCUCACCGGGAGCAGCGGCGAGAUCCGCGCCAACUGCAGGAAAGUGAACGGCUACUAGUAAUGAAUGUGCCAUCGAUGGUUAAUUCACGAGCCGAGAGGUUUGAAUCUGGCGUUAUAGAGAGACGUCAAAAUGGAUGGAGUGCUUCUUUCGGAAGCACUGUCAGAUAGGGUUCUUAAUCGUGUCUACUGCACGUAUCGUUGUGGAUUCUUGCACUCUAGCAUUUCAUUUGAUUCCGACGUUUGUUUGUUUUUUAAGUGGAAAAAAUGUUCCCGUCCUUUAUGAUUUCGAUUUCUCAUCAUGUAAUACAUUUUAUUUAUUUUAAUGAACUACGUUUGGUCUUGC